AUGGAUCGUCCAAUUAACAUUCAUACAUCACCAAGGACGCCCUUGUCAUUGUCUAGGCAACAGAUGAUAGAAGAAUUUUGGAUGAAGAAACAAGAAGAAAUUGAGGUGACUGAGGACUUUAGAGAGCGCACAAUCCCCGUGACUUGUCUCAAAAAGGAACUUUCUGUCCAUGCUUGGGCGUGUGCUAGUUCCCACAAUCGUAGCACGAUAUUGGACUCUGAUAUUGCUGAGGCAAUUGCCUCCAUUGAGUCCUAUGAUUUUCUAAAUGAUGUUCUAUGCGCACAUCUUGAAAAGUACAAGUUUGAUCUAUGUCUACAGUCUACUAAGAAGCCUUAUCACCACAUGUUGACAAGUCAGUCAUCAACAUCCCUCGAAUCUUCUUUGGAUCAAUACCAAAUGACACAAUUUAUUCCUCAGUCUACUAGAUAUAAUCCCUUUAUUUGCAUUCCUCAACCUUUGCCACCAACUAAUAAUGCUAAUCCAAUGCAUUUACCCUUGCCACUUCCACCACAAAGAGCAUGCCCCAUAAUGGCAACCCCAAUAAGACCUACACCAAUUGUGAGUGGAUCAUUCCCACCUAUGACAUACAUGACCAAGGGUCUAUGGUUCUUGAGGAAAUGCAUUAGCAACAAUGAUGCUGCUUUAGGUCUUAUGACUCCUCAACAAGCAUAUUCCGUAAGCACUACCCAAUAUUCCAAACAACUGCUACAUGGUGACAUGACAUUCCAUUUCCCUCAUGUUCCUCUAAAGCCUUUUCAAUUGUCAUCCUCUUCAACAGUGGAUAGUAUUGUUUCCACUAUAUAUACUGAUAUCGCUGAAUUGAAUAAUACCAAACUGGAUGUUACACAUAUUGGAAAUUCCACACAUGGCAUUAAUCCUGAAACUACUUUCAAUGUCGAUGAUGGUGAACAAAAACAUAUGGGAGAUGAAACCACUGCUGCCAAUCAUAUGAAUGUUGUGCAUGGAGAGUUAGAUGCAAAAGUUGUUACUACUACUAAUGUGGGUGCAGAUGACAAUAAUAUAAAUUGGGAUGAAAUUGACAUGGCCAACAAUUCCAUGCUGAUGGAGUUUUGGAAAGAUGUAAUGAUGGAAGAAGAAUCGACACCUUUGCCAGCCACUAUCUCAACCGAUGAUCUUAUUCUGCUUCCUAGUGAGGGAUGUUGUCAUGAUUCAUAUCUUCUUGAUGACAUCAUGUCUGAUGCAAGUACCGAUGGAAGGCAUAACUAG